GAACACGAGACUCGGUUAGACACGACGAGCGAUGAAAGAGCCCGAUGUCAGCGCUCAGCUACACGCGGUCGAUCCAUCAUGCGAUCCGUAUUGGGCGAGACGUGUAGGCGGGGCGGGGCGUAACCGGGACGGAUUGAAGAGCGCUCGCUGGGCCCGGCCCGUAGAGGGGAAAAAUGCACGGCGGGAGGGGCACGGAAAAAGAAGUAGGGCGCGAUUUUUAGUGGUGGAACGGCGGAGGGGAGGCUGCAAAAAUGUAUCUCAGAAAGAGAGCGGUAAAGAGAGCGUUAUAUCGGCUGGCGCGGUCCCCCGAGGAAAGCCAGACCUAACACUUGCCCCGCCACCAUCCGCUUGUACUUUUUUCCUGCGGAAUAGCCGCGAAUACUACUGCGCUUGUGUGUUGUGAUCGCGCGACAAUUUGUCGCCGUUAAAAGAAUUCCGUGACAUCAGUUAGUAGUCGCGUUCUGUAGUCGGUGGCAAAAACAGGACCCGUCGCAUGAAUCGUUCUGACCGCAGAUCGGCCCCCUCCCCUGGCCCCACUCCGCUCCACCCACCGGGCCGACUGGCAAAAAUCCUACCGACAGAAAGAAAGAGGCACACGACCAUCGCCGAUGCAAUUAUCACCUGCUUGUGAACUACGUUUUACAUUACUGCCGAUUUUCGAACUUUGCGUGCUACCGUGCUUACGUGUGCUACCAUCGAUCUGUGAACUGAAUACGCGUCUGUGACUGUGCGUUUGUGUUAUUGUGUAUCCAAGAUAUAAAACACUUCCUCUGUGCGAUGCUUCCAGCCGAGGGCUUUUGAGGAGAGCUGUGUGUCCCGUGUGGGACAACCAUGUCCCAGUUUGGCUUUCGUGCAUCACCGAAUACUCAGAGUACAGUAGCUUCUGGUCCCAGCCAGUCGUCGUCACCCUCCUCCAGCAUGGCGGUCACCACUUCAGCACCGGCGGCAGGCACGCCGCCGUCUUCCGGUCAGAGGUGUUGCGAUACCGGAAGACCCCUCUUCACCGACCCGAUCACCGGUCAAAGUGUGUGUUCAUGUCAAUAUGAACUUUCAGGUUAUCAGAGAUUGGCGAGCGCAGGCGUUCCCGGUCUGUCGGCCCUCUCGAUGUACAGUGUGCCCUAUCCUGACGGAAUGGCCGCCUAUUUUCCCGCCCUUGGAGCCGACCAGGCGCCCUUCUACACGUCACCGGCCGGCUUAGAACUGAAAGAAAACUUGGCAGCUGGAGCAGCAAGUUGGCCCUACCCCUCUGUGUACCACCCUUACGACACCGCCUUCGCAGGAUAUCCAUUUAAUGGAUACGGCAUGGACCUGAACGGUGCCCGAAGAAAAAACGCAACAAGAGAAACAACGAGCACCCUAAAAGCGUGGCUGAAUGAACACAAAAAGAACCCUUAUCCCACCAAAGGCGAGAAGAUCAUGCUGGCCAUCAUCACCAAAAUGACCCUCACCCAAGUAUCAACGUGGUUUGCGAACGCACGGAGAAGACUGAAGAAAGAGAAUAAGAUGACGUGGGAGCCCAGGAAUAGGGUAGAAGAUGAAGAUAAUAACAACGAAGACGAUGACCAUAAGAGUACAGACGGAAAAGACCUUCUUGAUUCCAAAGAUUCUGGUACAGCUUCGAGCGAAGAUGGAGACAGGCCUCCCCAUUCUCGUUUGGCACCAGACACAGCAAGCGAAUGGAGCGAAUCAAGGCCAGACAGUGAACCAGACAGCCCAGAAUGCUACGAUAGGCCUCACCACCCAGCGUUUUUACCACCACGAACAUCUUCACCUCCACAAAUAUCCGUAUCUGUCACAAAACCCAGGAUAUGGUCUUUGGCCGACAUGGCUAGUAAAGAAGGGGACAGCUCACCCACAUCCACAGCCUCCAACAUCUACUCCACCAGCAGAUUGAUGCCACCCAUGGCUGGCAGAUUACCACCUCCAGGUCUCCACACAAGUCCAUACGCCAGACCCCACGAGUUCUACAGAAGUCUGUAUGGUCCAUCAGCAGCCCAACACCUCUCAAACGCCGCUGGAAGUCCUGCAGAAGUCUCGAUCUUGGAAAACUACUCCAGGAGUAUAGCGGCUGCCAAUUCCAGCGGUACCAUACCUUCUUCUCUCAGUUCAGUGUUGACCAAAGCUAACCUAGCGGCCGCUACGUCUUCUAGCGCGUCCAGUAGCGUACCCCUGGGACUCACCACCAGUUCGAGGAUGUCCCCCACCUCCUCAAUAUCCUCCGGGUCUGAGACGCCGCACAAGCCGAUGGCGUUGAACAAAGCUUGAUCCUCGAAAGUGUCGGCCUUCACGUGGCCCUGAUCUACCUCUUAUAUCCUGACCAAUGCGGACAAUAAUACUUGAAGCCUCUAAUACCUGUAGUGUGCUGUGGUGUACAGUUAAUGUGAUAUAUAUCCUUCGGUUCCUUAUUAUCCUUUCGACGCGUCAGGACGUUUGGUUUCUUCGUGUACAGAGAAUGGACAACACUUCGAAAUAUUGUAUCUAUAUGUAUGUAUUUAGUCUAUUAUUGUAAACAGAUAUUUGUUAUUAUAUAAAUAUGUAUUAAUAAGCUGAUGUAUGAGUUGUGAGCUUAUACGAACCGGAAGUUGGUACAGAGACCUCUUGAGCGUCGGUGUUGAAGCACAAGUUGUCAUCGUCCGGGUGUUCUGUAUAGAAGUCGAUUAUCCAAAAGAAUGGACACUAAAUUUCGGAUAAUAAUGUAAAGUUUUUUGAGUUAUAGAAAUAUUAUUUAUUUGUUUGUAAAUUAGAAGAGUAUAUUGAUUCGGUAUAAGCAUGCGACAAUUGAAUUAAUGGAUGAUCAUAGCGUUGAUUGUAUAAAAUUUCACACAUGGCAAGUCUGAUCACACGUUUCAAAUCUAUGUAAUUUUUUCUGUUAACCGACAUAUCAACAAGCUGGAACAUUGUAAUUUUUCUGUAUUUUUCCGUUCAGCAUUGUUCAUUUUGACUCAGACGUGUGUUGCAAUAAAAUAAAUCGUUCAUUAUUAA